AUGAACUCAAUCGACGAAAAUGGAGAAACUGAAAUAAAAAUUGAAGAAAAUACCGAAGAACGGGAUGAAAUUAUCGGUAAUCCUCUGCCCGAAGAAACAAUCAACGUCAAGGAAGAAAAGAAAUACAAGUCGAGACUAGGUCAGCAGUCAUUUACAGUAAGUGAGCAACUUACUUACAUCCUCGAGCGGGAGAAGCAAAUGGCAACAUUGAAUCCGCCAACCUGGCGAGAAUCCGGUGAACUUAUUGGAGCCAGCACUUCUUGCGUCAAAGGUAUCUUCGCAAAGAAAGAGCUUGUCAAAGAAUACGCUGCGCUUGGCCUCGGUUUCAAGCGAGUUCUCACCAAAAGCGACUUGGAGAAAUACAAAUGUCUUCGCGCAACAUUGUCCGAUGAGGAAUACAACAAUCUGUUAAUAAAACAGCAGAAAAGACAACGAUGCAAGAAAGCGCAAGCACUCCGAAGAGUGGAGAGAAAAUUGAAGGAAAAGAAUGAGGAACUACCUGCUAAAUCGAGGAAAUUGCUGACAAACUGGGAAGAAACAAGAGGAAGAGAAGCGUGGCUGAAUAAAAAAUGGAAAUGCGAAAUUUCCUUGGAGGAAUUCCCAACAAUGCCGAGCAAUAUCGAUGUGACAGUAAAGACCGACAUUCGUCAGUUGACCGUCGACGGUCUCUCCAUAAAAUUUGGCAUCACAGAAAGCGGCGUGAAGUUCCGAAGUGAAACGAGAUGGAGAAAGAAGUUCGCUAUUCCUGAAGAUGUCGAUAUUGAUCAAGGACCCACGAUUGAAAAAGAAAGGGGCAAGUCGAAUAAUCUUACCGUUUGGUAUUAUCGGAAACAAAUCGGUGAAGAAGAUGACAUGAUGACACUGGAGAAUGCUCCAAAGAAUAUUGAAACACAGCCGCAAAUAAAACAACAUUUAACGACUAAGGAUAAGUGCCUGAAGAAAAACUCAACGAACAGCAACACAAAUUCAGAAAAUUUACCCGAAAUCAAUGUACCAGAGUUUUCCUCGAGCGAGGAUGAAUCAAUGAUUGAAGAGGAGGGUUUUUUCAUCCAAAAUGCAACUCCAAAAACGCAUUACAAAAUACACAAUGGAAGAGAGGUAAUGGCCGAUGCUGACAUUCCUGAAAGAGCUAAAAGAAUUCUCCAGACAAAUUUCUCCAGCUCUAAUCGUCCAACAAAAACUCAAUUGAAAAUUAUUUGUGAAGACACAGGAGCAAAGUAUUCUCACCUCGAGCAUUUCAUGAAAAGACUCUUCGUUAUUGGGAAUUACGGCUCUGCGAUUCAAAGAAAAAAAGAAAGGAUGGAAGGAAAGGACCGCUCUGAGUUGAGGACCCUCAGCCAAGGUCUUCCAAUGUCGACGAUGACAAAUGAAGAAGUCGAGUUUGUCGUCACAAAAAUUGAAGCUGACGAUUAUGAAGACUGUAGACAACUCUUACAAAUUGAGGAAAUUAUGGACACGGAGAUGGAAUGCACUGAUGAAGAAAAUAAUAUAUGUAAAACUGAGAUAAUUGACAUCAACGAUUAA